AUGAGCCAGAGUCCAAACCACGGUCCACGGCCCGGCUCAAAGAUCAAGCUAUCAAGCUUAGGCGCGACUGACUACAAUCCUCUCCCCGCCUUUGUCCGAGGUCACAUCGAUCUGAUACCGCGUCUCGUCCGGUGCUACCACCCUUUUUUUUUUUUUACUGGGGCUCAUAAAUUGCAAUCCUUCGGGUUGGCUGGGACCGCUACAAAAAGAGCUAAAAGAGGUUAUAAAGCAACGACGGCAAGCAAUUGGGUGAAAGUCAAACCCCUGCGCGCAAAGAGCGCUGCGCAGAUCAAAACCCGCCGAGCACCUAACGCGGACUCCAACGGGCGGUGA